AUGGUGAUUUUCCCGAGUUACGCGAGGCGACUUGUUAAAGACUACGACAGACAGCGUCGGGGAUCGACUUCGACGCUCGACGAAUACCGCGGUGUGGCCGAGGAGACGGAGCUGGAAAGACUUGAAAGAGAGGUAUUGGAGGAUGAGAAUGCGAUCGUCGCGGUUGAUGUGCGAGGCUGGGUGUACUCGCCUCAUCGCGGGCCGAUGAAUCGUAAGCAACGCUUGCUGAUUGCACUCGCGAGGAAACUAAGCGGUGUACCGGCGCCGAGUAAUUAUUCGACCGAUUCUGAAGGUCCCGAUUCCGAUAACGCUUCUAUAGGAAAGGCGUCGGGCAAAAGAGAUGAUGAGCUUGUGGAUGCAGAGGCGCAAUCGAUCAUCAGAAAAGCGGAAGGGAGGGCCGAUGCUGCUUGGAAAUCCAGUGCGUCGGAACGAGAUGGCGAAGCUACCCCUGCACGACCUCUACAAAGAACGACGACAUCAUCAACGCUCGAACCUUCUCAAAUGAGCAUGGAUGAGCUGUCCAUUGCAAACGCACAUCUUAUGGAGAGACUGCGCCCUUUCUUGUCGAAUCCCAUGAACCAGCAGCCUGUCACUGUGUUCUUUUUCAAUGAUGGGAAGAGCCAAUCGAGAAGCGUAUUGACCGACGAGUCAGGCCAUUUUACUUUACGCGCAGCCUUGCCUUUUAUUCCGACUCAUAUCCGUGUCCUAGCAUCGGAGGAUCUCUCUGCUAUGAAACAGGUCGAGGUCAUCGAACCAAGCGGUGUCAGUCUCAUCAGUGAUAUUGACGACACGGUGAAACAUUCAGCUAUCGCAAAUGGAGCGAAAGAAAUCUUUCGGAAUACUUUCAUUCGCGAAUUGGCUGAUCUGACUGUCAGCGGUGUCUCAGAGUGGUAUACUAAGCUGGCUAAAAUGGGUGUUCAGAUACACUACGUCUCCAAUUCACCUUGGCAGCUAUAUCCGUUGUUGGAGCGCUACUUUAAAUUGGCAGGAUUACCUCCUGGUUCCUUUCACCUCAAGCAAUACAGUGGUAUGCUCCAGGGGAUAUUCGAGCCUACUGCAGAAAGGAAGAAGGGCUCCCUUGAACAACUACUUCGGGACUUUCCGACGCGCAGGUUCAUUCUAGUCGGUGAUAGCGGCGAGGCAGACCUCGAAGUUUACACCGACAUUGCCCUGGCCAACCCUGGAAGGAUCUUGGGCAUCUUUAUCCGCGACGUCACCACAUCAGAUCACAAGCAGUUCUUUGAGAAGUCCAUCGAUCACCUGGAGCCUCACCCAUCGCGCACUCGCAGCACUCCCCAGCUCAUCGAUGCUAGUGAUGUAGCACCCAAUCGGCCUGCAUUACCUCCUCGUCGCCCUCGAGCACCAGACCAUCGAUCUGCUGAUGCCAUAAGCCUAGAUAAUGCCGAUCUGAUCGACCUUCGUGAUGAUGACGAUCUGCCUGACACGUACGCUUCAGAGCGUCUCCCGUCUCCCUCUAAUCUCCUCCGAUCUACAACCACCAACCCCUCAUCAGCCAGAUCAAGCACAAACAGUGUAGACAGCGACCAACAAUCUGUUGCCGGAUCGGCGCCUCCCGCUCCAUUGCCCAAUAAGCGUGAAGAACUCUGGCGGAGACGCUGGGAAAGAGCUCACGAUAUUCUAACGGAUAAGGGCGUGGUGCUGGGUAGUUGGCGAGUCGGCACCGAUGUCCAAGAUGUCACGAUGUGGUUGGUGCAGGAGGCGAUGAAAGAUGUUCCUCGCUCGGAUACGAGGAAGAACUGA